AUGUGCUCUACGACCAAUAUGAUGCCCCGUUCGGCUUCGUCUAAUCUCCCCUACUCGAUCUUGAUUUUGGUGUUUUUUCUUUUGACCUUUUCGUUUGUCACAUCGCUAGUCGAUUUUACGCUCGGUCCCGAGAGGUCUUGGAUCUCAUUCCACUCUCCACCAUGGGCGAGGAGAGUCGGUUUUUCGCGGCCUUUCUCUAGAGACGGAAACGAAGAACUCGAAAGGCCUUCUAGAGUUAUUGGAAUAGCAGAACCUCCGUUGGCUCCUUCUAGAGUUAUUGGAAUAGCAGAACCUCCGUCUAUUGGAAUAGCAGAACCUCCGUUGGCUCCUUCUAGAGUUAUUGGAAUAGCAGAACCUCCGUUGGCUCCUUCCAUAUUGAAUAUUACUAACAAAUUUGAAGAGCAGAAUUCUAGUACUGAAAGCCCUGCCACGGACACAGCAGGGGUAAUCAAGACAUACACUAAAUUAGAGAGGCUAGAAGCAGCUUUAGCGAAAGCCCGGUCUUCGAUUCGCGAAGCUUCUAAAAACAACAACACGACCUCAAUCCAAGAAGAUCUCGACUACGUCCCUCGAGGCCCUAUAUACAGAAACGCCAACGUGUUUCAUCGGAGCUAUCUCGAGAUGGAGAAACUGUUCAAGAUAUACGUGUACGAAGAAGGAGAGCUCCCGAUGUUCCACACCGGUCCCUGCCGGAGUAUAUACUCGAGCGAGGGAAGGUUCAUCAUGGAGAUGGAGAAGGGGAAUUUUUAUCGGACAAGAGACCCGGAUGAAGCUCUGGUGUAUUUCCUUCCGUUUAGCGUGGUCAUGAUGGUUCAGUACCUGUACGUGCCCGGUGCCCAUGAGUACCAUGCCAUAGGGCAUACCGUCGCGGACUAUGUAGACGUGGUUUCUCAACGGCAUCCGUUCUGGAACCGAAGCCUCGGCGCUGAUCAUUUCAUGCUCUCGUGCCAUGAUUGGGGGCCACACACAACUUCUUAUGUGCCAAAUCUAUUCAAAAACUCCAUCAGAGUCUUAUGCAACGCCAACACUUCCGAAGGUUUCAACCCUUCCAAGGACGCUUCCCUGCCGGAAAUCAACCUCAAGUCCGGCGAAAUCAAGGGCCUAAUCGGCGGGCCCUCCCCUUCGAAACGGCCCAUUCUUGCCUUUUUCGCAGGCCGGUUGCACGGCCAUAUAAGGUACCUCCUUUUACAACAGUGGAAGGAAAAAGACCAGGAUGUACAAGUCUAUGACAGCCUUCCGAAGGGCGUUCGCUACGAAUCGAUGCUGAAAAAGAGCCGGUUCUGCUUGUGCCCGAGCGGGUACGAAGUUGCCAGCCCGAGGCUAGUCGAGGCAAUCUACGCGGAGUGCGUGCCCGUGCUGAUUUCGGACGGGUAUGUCCCCCCGUUGAGCGAUGUCUUGAAUUGGAAGGCGUUUUCGGUGAGCGUGGAGGUCAAGGACAUACCGAAUUUGAAGACGAUAUUGAUGGGGAUAUCCCAGGGUCAGUACCUGAGAUUGCACAGGAGGGUGAAGCAGGUGCAGAGGCAUUUUGUGAUCAAUGGGACUCCGAAGAGGUUCGAUAUCUUUCACAUGAUUGUUCACUCCAUUUGGCUACGGCGAUUGAAUGUUCUGGUACAGGAUUGAUCAUCACAUAAUUGGAAUCCAAAUCAGAUCGAGUUUUCAAAGCAUUGCUAGUCAUCGGUUCGCGUGGAAUUUAAAAGAUGUGAAGAUUCUCGCGCAAUCGAACAAUAAAGAAUCUUCUGAAAUACUGUUACAUACAAAAAGUUGAGUAGAGAGGAUUUUUAGGAGAUUUUUUAGAAGGUGGUUGUGGUUGGAGCAAAUCAUUUUUUGAAUGGAGAGACGAUUAUGGGUUUUGGGGUUUCAAUGAUUUUUGACAUUAUUCAUUGUUUAAUUAGUCCUCCUCUGUGCUAAAAGCAAAUAAAGUAUUCCUUUAUAGCUUUCCAAA